AUGUUCAUGAAUCUAAUGAAUAUAAUAUUUAAAAUUGUAGGAAAAUAUUAUGUGGUUGAUGCAGGCUAUGCAAAUACAAAAGGUUUUCUAGCACCAUAUCGUGGAACACGAUAUCAUUUGAGAGAGUGGAGUCAAACACAAGCACCACAGACAACUCGUGAAUUGUUCAAUUUAAGGCAUUCAAAGCUUCAAAAUGUGGUUGAAAGGACAUUUGCUGUUUUGAAAAAAAGGUUUCCCAUACUAACAAUAGCUCCUCAAUACACCAUUAAAAAACAAGGUUGGAUUGUAUUAGCAUGUUGUGUACUUCACAACUUUAUUCGCAAGUGGAAUUGGGAUGAUGAAUUUUUCGAAGAGGACAUGGAAAAUGAAAUAGGAAACUGUGAAAGUUUGAACAAUAUUGAUUUUGAUUCAGAUUCAGAUGAAGAACUUGGUGACGGGCCAACAGAUGAUGACAAGCAAUAUAUGUUUAAUUUUAGAGAUAUAAUAGCUUAA